UUCUCUUUCCUCUUGAGUAGAACGGCACAAGAAAACGGUCCAGUCCGGCAAGAAGGUGAUAUCAACGUGUGACUACGUGAAAGUAUCUGUGCGUGUCGUUGGCUUUAUUAAUUGUAAUACGCGAAUUUUUACCAGUUUACUUAUGCGCACAUGUUGGCCGAUGUUAAAGCAACCUUAUAAUUUAAAAUUCAUUACUUUAUGACUGCAUACGUUUCUUGUCAGUUACAAAGUUGCUGUUACGUGCGGUAGUUGUAAUUAAAAAAGUUUACCAUUUGAAUUUUUUGUGCCAUGAACUUUCAAAGGAUUUUCCUUCAGUUCGUUUACUUAUGUUAAGUGACUUGACGUGCAGUAGUUAACGACGAGGUGCGAAUUCGAAAACGAGAAAUACAUUUGUGGAGAUUUUAACAGUGGACCACACAGGAAACCCGUAGGGACAACACUUCCUCUUCUGAACAUGUAGCAACAACGAUGUCCUCACCUUCGCCGGUAUCUCAAAUACCUACAGAACACACAUACCAGCCAAGCGAUAGCAGCGACCACGUUCUCAUUUCACAUAAUAACUGCCAGUGCACUGAAGUCCUUAACAAGGACUCCCCUAAAUGCGAUCCUAAUGUAUGCCAUUCGUUUCCACAAAAUAAGUGCAAGUCAAACCAUCACCACAAUCUAAUCAACCUGUCUACUCAUGGACCUGCCAAUACAACACAUUCGCAUUCAACAAACCAAUCCGUGCACGUUCACGUCCAUUCGCCUCCUGGCUCCACCCUCUCCAAGCAGCCACCUCAAACGGCAUGCAACUGUCACAGUCCACUCGAAAACGAAAGCAACGCGGACGUACAUCAGACAAUUCAAUCGAAUAGGAAAAUUGAGGCGGAUGAUCGGAUCGAAGUUUCGCCACUACCACCAGCACUGCCUCCACGACCCCCUCCGAGACCAAGAACCGACGUGCAUGGCACGCUUAAUUCCAGAUCGAGAAUACGUCCACCCAGUACCACCGGAGGAGGAAUUCGUAAAUAUGUCUUCUGGUGCUGUGCGUGUGGAGGGUUGGCGACAAUACUGGGAGCGCUAUUUUUGGCGGUUUAUUUUCUACUACGAUCUUAUACAUCCACCUUAGGAUAUUUUGAAACUAUUCCUACUUUUGUGCCUGCAACCAUGUUAAUUUUAACUGGAUUAUGUGUGAUAUGCCUUGCCAGACGAAAAAAUCGAUAUAGUUAUUUGAUUAAGGUUUGUGGAAUAUGCUGCUUAGUGUGUGCGUUAACUUGUGUUCUUGUGACUAUUACGACAACUGUAAUACACAUGAAUCGGUUACAAACAUUACGUGAAUGUGUUUAUACUCAAAAGACUCGGACUUGUACCUGUUACUCUGUUUUACUUGAAGCUCACGCGUCAACCGAUGAAGGAAUGAGAUUCGUGUUUGAUGCUACUCCGGACUGUGAAGUGAUACAUGGUGCGUUAUACUCAUGUUUACGGGCUAUGUUUGGUUUGUCAGUGAGUGGAAUAUUAGUGUGCAUAUUUUCAUGCAUGCUUGUGUACCAGUUGUUAAGUCAUGAAAAGAAGAAAAUGUAUUGGGAGCAACUGGAAUUACGAUGCCGUUCCCUUUAUCAGCACGGUGGUGCCCCGGCCAGUACGCACAGUUCUGUAAGAGGAACUCCGUUCCCAUCGACAACUUAUUGCAGCUGCUGUGAAGAAUGUCGCUAUCCGCCGUUAUCUACCGGUUCGCAUAUGUUCUCGUGGGACAAUCACGCCUUAGAACGUUUCUGGACGCCGGGAAGGGUUGGAAAUUUUUAUUCUCCCAAUCCAGGAGAGGAAGGCAAUUCAACUAUCGAAGGCCAUCCUAGGGAGAGGAAUAACGGUGGGUGGAGUUGGAGGCGUUUACCUUGGAAUCGAGGGAAUAACACCCAACAUAAUGUAACAGAAUCCAACAGAGAACCGUCAUUAACAUACGAAGGAGGAAUUAGUAGUUCGGAUAGUCAAUACGGAUUUGGGCAUCAACAAGCAAAUGAAUCUAGACAAACGGCAACGGAUCCAGUUUCGGGAUCGUCAGGGUCUUACAGCGUUCUUGAUAGUCGACCGCCAGCUGGAGGGGUUUACGUGUGGGGCCCACCUCCUCCGUACUCAAACCCUAACUCUCCUGCAAGAAGGCCUUUCCAAUCGCCAUCUAGAUUUCAUCAUAUGCACCAUCAUCAGCAUGCACACAAUCCUCACUGCCAAAUAAAUAAUGAAAGUCAAAGCCAACCAUUUACAAACGACAUGCAUCUAAGACGGAGCCGCUUGCAGCAUUCAAAUAAGGCAAAUUAUGAGAACACUUUGGAAACCGAGGUUCACCGAUCCAAUGAUAAUAGUGAAAGUACCGACACAUCGAGUUGUGUUGAUCACGUGCCUCAUACUUUAACUGCGCGGAAAGUGAAGAAGAAGGUGGAUAUCGCAUCCUUAAAAUCCGUUGCAUGUACGAACCGGACCAACGUUCAAAAUGUCUUUAAUCAAACUUGUCAAAGUUAUUCAGCUGACAAUGAUAAUAUCCACGAGGAUGAUGUUUCGGAAGGAAAUCAACAGAUACUAAAUGAUAAUUCCCAGUGUCGUUUCUUGCCUCGAUUACAAGGAGUUGAGAAUGCUGCAUUCCAAAACCAAGAGAGCCCAACUGCAAAACCGGAGGCUACAGAAUCCGAAGUCUAUUUUGCAGACGUCAGCAGCUGUUGCAACAUUUCUUUGAAAAAUGACGGACAGGAUUCGUCGGUGUACGAUGAAGCAAUGGAAAUUCAAAAACCUAGGUUGAUGCCUCUGCAAAAUAUUCAAGGGUCAUCUAACGAUAAAGAUAAUAGUCAAAUUUUACAAACAUUUCAAGAGAACAUAUCAUCUUCCACUGUGACAGAAGAUGAAGAAUAUUUAGCGCACAGAUUAGGAAAACGACAGUUGUCGACUCGAAGUCGUUUACCUUUUCCAUUACCAAACAAUCAUGACGGCUGCGACAUGAAUUCCGACCCCUGCAUUCAGUUAUUACCCAAAGACAUCUCUCAAAAUAGCUUAUGUAGCAGCGUGCAGACACCCAUGACCGAAACAACCGACGACGCCGUCUCCCCAGGAUCUCCAACUGGACAAUCCCCGAUGAACUAUUACGAUGAUGGUACCAAUCAUCACAUCAGUCAACGGCAUGGAACAUUCUCCAAUCAAAAUUUAGAUCAAUUUCUCGCACCCGACGCGCAGUACGAAGUUAUACAAGAGCAAUCGGGUUCGAUACCGUUUAGACAAAAUUACAACUCGACCUGUACGACGGCGACGACAACUUUUAGCAAUCUUACAAAUACAAUUUCUAGUGUCAAUAAUUUCGGCCAAAACUAUCUUAAUAACCAAACCAAAAACUUCAAUUCCAUCCAAACUACAAAAAACAUUCCACCCAAGAGUUUAAACUUUAACCAACUGUCAAAUACUAAGAAAAAUCUCGGCUCGAAUAUUUCGAACUUAAUUCAAAAUUUAGGCGUCAAUCCUGUCGGUCUGUUGUACAGUGAAGCUAAUAGUUCGGUCGACGAGGAAGUGCAGUGUCAGGGAUGUCAUAGCGAUGGUACGAUGGAUUCCGGCUGGCAUAGUGGUUCAGAGAAACAGGAACGUGGUGCGGAAAGUGGUGACAGUUGUACGCAUAGAGCUGUGAAUGUGUAAAUACUGUGUUAAGAACAAGAAUCUGGUAGGGCCAAAUGAGUUUAUUUUUCAUAUGUAAACAAAACGCUUUUAUUUCUUAUAUUGCCCCAUAAAAUAUAUUUAUUAUCUUUGUUUUGAUAGUAACUUAAAUAAAACAGUAAUUACUU